UUCCCUACACAGGGUCUGUGAUUGGGGUUGAGGCUGGCGUUGGGGGGACCUGCAGGCGUCCCCCUCCUCCCGGGUCUCGGGCUAUUUUCCGCAGGAGGCGGCUGCAGGCAGACGCUGAGGCCCUCGGGAACCCCGGGAGCCGCCCCAGUGCAAGAGACCAGAGGAGGGGCUGGCCGGUCCAGCCCCUCGGUCCCGGGGCUGACUCCUCCUCCAGGGCGCAGAUCCCCGCAGCCCGGCAGGAGAGAAGGUGCCUGGAGAGGGGUCCGGACUGUGGGCCGGGGGCUGGGAUGAGGGUCGGGUGAGAAUGGGGCUCCGAGGAGUUUAGAAAGAGAGAUUGGAAGGGGGACCAAAGGCAGAGGGCCCAGGGAGAGGGGAUGCGGGGAAGGGAGGAGAGCGAGCGCGGGAGCAGGACGCUGGGGGUGGGGGACGCCCUCGGUGAAGCCCCGCCAAGGAGUGCAGGAGGUUGGGGGUGGGGGGCGUCCUGGGUGAUGCCGCGUCCAGGAACGCAGGAGGCUGGGGUGGGAUGGGGGCUGCGCCCUGAGUGAAGCCCGGUUAGGGAGCAGGAAGCUGGGGAGGGGGCUCUCUGGGCGAAGUCCCCCGCAACACCCACCUCACCCCACUCAGGCUGAGCCCUUUGGCGUCAUGGAGGGGCUCGUCCUAGCCCUGUGUGCCCUCCCGCUGGCUGCCGCGUCUGCUGUCUGCGCCACGAUGCCAGCUCGGAACCUGAGCUGCUACCAGUGCUUCAAGGUGAGCAGCUGGAGGCAGUGCCCGCCCACGGCGUGCAGCCCGCUGGACCAAGUCUGCAUCUCCAACGAGGUUGUCGUCUCUUUUGAAUGGAGCGUACACACCCUGCUCAGCAAACGCUGUGCUCCCAGAUGUCCCAACACCAACACGAAGUUCGAAUGGACACCAGCCCCCACGGUGCAAGGCGUGAUAACUAGGCGCUGCUGUUCCGGGGCUCUCUGCAACAGGGCACCAACCCCACAGGAGGGGCGCUGGGCCCUGCAAGGGGGGCUCCUGCUCCAGGUGGGCCUCGGCCUCCUCAGGGCCCUGUUGUGAGGGCCCUCCCUCUACACCCCCUCCUGGCCCUGCUGGCCCCUCCUGUCUCCUGCCUCCCACUGCCAUCCUGUGUCUGCCUCUUCUGGGACACUGGGGGGGGACCCUCCCUCUCUGAGGUGGUGGGGAAGGUGCCAUUGCCUCCACCCUGGAUGUAGCCACCUCGCUUCUCCCCCACAGGGGCCCCUUUGCUGGGGAACCCUGUGGAUUCAGCAACUGCUCCUCCUGGGGAAGGACGGUACCUCCAGUGUGGGUGGUGGGAAGGACGGUGCCUCUGGUGUUGGGUGAUGGGGAAGGAC